AUGAUCAGGAAAACCCUUGAAAUCUUUUCUAACGCCACCCUAAAAACGCUUUCAGAAAAAUGCAAAACCCUAAACCAAUUCAAAGAAAUCCAUGCCCACCUUAUCAUAUGUCACCUGCCGGAAAACCCUGUUAUCAUCGGACCUCUUCUCUCAGUCCUGGCGACCUCCAACAAUGCUUCUUUAUUCUCCUACGCUCGUUUGAUCUUUCAACACCUUCGAUUUCGAAACACUUUCAUGUACAACACCAUGAUCCGAGGUUAUUUACAGAACAACGGUCAAGUUUUUGCGUUUUUCUGUUAUAUAGAUAUGUUAAGGUUGGGUCUUGUAGCUAAUAAUUAUACUUUCCCACCCUUAAUUAAGGCUUGUUGUUCUUGUUCGAGUUUUCGAAAUGCUAAAUUGAUCGGUUGUUCAGUUCAUGGGCAUGUUCUGAAAUUGGGAUUUGAAGACGACCAGUUUGUGGGUAGCUCGUUGGUUGACUUCUAUUCUGCAAAUUCAGAAAUUGGUAAUGCAAGAAUGUUAUUCGAUGAAAUUCCCAUCAAGGACGUGGUUCUAUGGACAGCUUUAAUCGAUGGGUAUGGUAAAAACGAAGACAUUAGCAAUGCCCGAAAGCUGUUCGAUGAAAUGCCUGAGAGAACAGUAAUCUCUUGGAGUGCAAUAAUGGCUGCAUAUUCACGUGUCAACGACUUCCACGAGGUGAUUUCCCUGUUUACAAAGAUGCAAAAUCUCAAUAUAAAACCAAACGACUCCAUUCUUGUCACUGUUCUCACAGCCUGUGCUAACUUGGGUGCACUCACACAAGGUUCAUGGAUCCAUCUAUACGCUAAAAAACACCACCUUCUUUCAAACCCAAUUUUAUCGACAUCAUUAGUUGACAUGUACUCAAAAUGUGGGUGUACAAAUUUAGCAUUAUCAGUUUUCGAAACAAUUUCUUUCAAAGAUACAGGAGCAUGGAACUCGAUAAUUUCCGGAAUGGCCAUGAAUGGUGAAGCAAGAACUUCCUUAAAACUUUUAGAUCAAAUGGUGUCAAUCGGGAUCCAACCAAGUGGGCCCACGUUUGUGGCUAUACUUUCCGGUUGUGCACAUGUGAAAAUGGUGAAAGAAGGGGUUGACUUGUUUGACCGAAUGGAAAAGGUUUAUAAAGUUGAGAGAAAAUUCGAGCAUUACGCGUGUGUGGUUGAUUUGUAUGCAAGAGCCGGGAUGUUGAAGGAAGCAAUGGAGUUUAUUGAGGUGAAAUUAGGGGGUGUUGGUGGGAGAGAUGUGAAUGUGUGGGGGGCGUUGCUUGGUGGUUGUAGGAGUUAUGGGAAUGUGGUGGUUGGGAAUGGAGUGUGGCGGAGGAUGAUGGAGAUGGGAAUCGGAAUGAGUGAUUACGGGGUUUGUGUUGUUUGUUAUAAGAUGUAUGUGGAAGCGGGGUGGAAACGGGAGGCGGAAGAGGUUCGGAAUCGGAUUAGGGAGAUGGGAAUUAGGAAAACUCCGGGGUGUAGCGUGGUGGAGGUUGAUGGUGUUGUUGAAGAGUUUGUUUCCGGUGGUGUUUGUUAUCAUCAUAAGGGAUUGGAAAUAAGUAAAAUGCUUGAUUUGUUGUUUAAUGUGGAUGCUCUUAUGUUGUCAUAA